UAGCCGCCCUUGUCUCUCUUUUUCCUCUAUCUUCUCACCCAAAUCGACAACUCAAAUCGGCUCAUCUCGACAGCGGUGAAUGAAAGAUCGACGGUGAGGGAGAAGAAAAGGGAUCGCCGAUAGCUUCGAUGUCAAUGGCGGUGGAGGAAGAUCGACCAGCGGCGUGGGUGUUGGCCUCUAACAGCGGCGAAUCGGCUCCUCUCGAUCGGAAAAGCGACGAUCUAGACGUUGGUGAAGGAAGCUUGACUUGUUCAAGAUCUGCUCCAGCAGCGAUGAAGGGAGUUCGAUGGGUCCGAUGGCCUCUGCCUGCGCGAAUCGCCUACAACCGGGGGAUGACGAAGAUGGUUUACUCUUCCGACGAGAAAAAUGAAAGAAUGAUACUAUAUUUGUUCUUUCUCCAAUCUUGUUUUACCAAAAAUUAUCCUUAGUUUGUUAUUGUUUAUACAAAUCUAACUUUGUUUCUAUUUUUUUAGGUUUGGUAUUCUGACUUGCAAAUCUGGAUUUUGGAUGAGGAAUGGAUAGUGUAGUUAUUUUGAGCAAAUUCGAAAUUUUGGCUUUGAUUAGGUGCAUCUUUGAUGUUUUACGAAAUAAGGAACCAGAAAACAAACCCAAAAAAAAUUAUGAACAAUACUGAAAUUAACCCGAAAAUAAAUUGGACCUAUACUG